CGCGCAGCGAUGGAGGCGCCCAGGCUCGGGCGGCGGAGGCGGAGCCCGAGCGCGACCAUGGCGGGGCCCCUGACCGUGCGGGAGAGCGCAGUCCCUGGUCACUCGGAACCUCAUGCGGCCGGAACCCGAGCUUAGCCGGGCCGAGGCCCACAGCUGAUUCCUGCCCCAGCAGCCGUCACAGCCCCGAGGGCCGGGGGACACGGCCAUGUACGCCUCCACCGAGUGCAAGGCCGAGGUGACCCCCUCGCAGCACGGCAACCGCACCUUCAGCUACACGCUGGAGGACCACACCAAACAGGCCUUCGGCAUCAUGAAUGAGCUGCGGCUGAGCCAGCAGCUGUGCGACGUCACGCUGCAGGUCAAGUACGAGGGCACGCCGGCCGCCCAGUUCAUGGCUCACAAGGUGGUGCUGGCCUCGUCCAGCCCCGUGUUCAAGGCCAUGUUCACCAACGGACUGCGGGAGCAGGGCAUGGAGGUGGUGUCCAUCGAGGGCAUCCACCCCCAGGUCAUGGAGCGCCUCAUCGAGUUCGCCUACACGGCGUCCAUCUCCAUGGGCGAGAAGUGCGUGCUGCACGUGAUGAACGGCGCGGUCAUGUACCAGAUCGACAGCGUCGUGCGGGCCUGCAGCGACUUCCUGGUGCAGCAGCUCGACCCCAGCAACGCCAUUGGCAUCGCCAACUUCGCCGAGCAGAUCGGCUGCACGGAGCUGCACCAGCGGGCCCGGGAGUACAUCUACAUGCACUUCGGGGAGGUGGCCAAGCAGGAGGAGUUCUUCAACCUGUCCCACUGCCAGUUGGUAACGCUCAUCAGCCGGGACGACCUGAACGUGCGCUGCGAGUCGGAGGUGUUCCACGCCUGCAUCAACUGGGUCAAGUACGACUGCGAGCAGCGGCGCUUCUACGUGCAGGCGCUGCUGCGGGCCGUGCGCUGCCACUCGCUCACGCCGCACUUCCUGCAGAUGCAGCUGCAGAAGUGCGAGAUCCUGCGGUCGGACUCGCGCUGCAAGGACUACCUGGUCAAGGUCUUCCAGGAACUGACCCUGCACAAGCCCACGCGGGUGAUGCCCUGCCGCGCGCCCAAGGUGGGCCGGCUCAUCUACACGGCCGGCGGCUACUACCGCCAGUCCCUCAGCUACCUGGAGGCCUACAACCCCAGCGACGGCACGUGGCUGCGCCUGGCCGACCUGCAGGUGCCCAGGAGCGGCCUGGCCGGCUGCGUGGUGGGCGGGCUGCUCUACGCCGUGGGCGGACGCAACAACUCCCCGGAGGGCAACACCGACUCCAGCGCCCUGGACUGCUACAACCCCAUGACCAACCAGUGGUCGCCCUGCGCCUCCAUGAGCGUGCCGCGCAACCGCAUCGGAGUCGGCGUCAUCGACGGACACAUUUACGCGGUGGGCGGCUCCCACGGCUGUAUCCACCACAACAGCGUGGAGAGGUACGAGCCGGAGCGCGACGAGUGGCACCUGGUGUCCCCAAUGCUGACCCGCAGGAUCGGGGUCGGAGUGGCCGUGCUCAACCGCCUGCUGUAUGCGGUCGGGGGCUUCGACGGCACAAACCGCCUCAGCUCGGCCGAGUGCUACUACCCGGAGAGGGACGAAUGGCGAAUGGUCACCCCCAUGAACAGCAUCCGCAGUGGGGCAGGGGUCUGCGUGCUGCACAACUGUAUCUACGCGGCGGGGGGCUACGACGGGCAGGACCAGCUCAACAGUGUGGAGCGCUAUGACGUGGAGACGGAGACUUGGAGCUUCGUGGCCCCCAUGAGACACCGGCGGAGCGCGCUGGGGGUCACCGUGCACCAAGGGAAAAUCUACGUCCUAGGAGGCUACGAUGGUCACACCUUCCUGGACAGCGUGGAGUGCUAUGACCCGGACACGGACACCUGGAGCGAGGUGACCCGUAUGACAUCCGGCCGCAGCGGGGUGGGCGUCGCGGUCACCAUGGAGCCCUGCCGGAAGCAGGUUGACCAGCAGAACUGCACCUGUUGAAGCGGCCUGUUGGCGUUCAUGGGAAGGAAA